GAGGGGGCCGGUUGAGAGCGCGCCAGUGGAACGUUCAGGGGGCUGCCCUCGCGCGCAGGGCGGGAAACGGGGCAGGGCGGAGUGGGGGAGGGGAGAGGCGCUGCCCCCGCUGGUGGGGGGAGGGCGCACGUGACCCUGAGGGUGCCACAGAUUCCCCCAGGGUGCCCCCACCCCACUGGCACAGAGCACCUCCCCUUUGUGGGCUGGCAUUGACCCCGCCCCUACCCCCACGCCAACCCCCCCCGAGGUGGGGUGACCCCCCCAUACACCCUUGCCAACCACCGUAUGUGGGGUGAGCCCCCUGUAUGCCCACACCGACCCCCCUGUACGUGGGGUGACCCUGAGUAUGCUCACGCCAACCCCCCCGAUGCAGGGCUGUGCCGUGUGCUGCAAGUCCUCAUGGUCCCAGCUGCAGGACCUGUGCCGGCUGGAGAGGGUUCGCUGCCCCUCGCUGGGCAUCACCCGCAGGAACCUCAGCCACUUCGAGGUGGAGUUCCUGUGUGACUACAAGAGAGUGCGGGAGGAGGAGUUCUACCUGGUGAAGUGGCGCGGCUACCCGGAGUCGGAGAACACCUGGGAGCCGCGGAAGAACCUGCGCUGCGUGGGCCUGCUGAAGCAGUUCCACAAGGACCUGGAGCAGGCCUGGAUCCGGCGGGACGGCAAGCCCAAGAAAAACGCCCGCUGGCUGGACCAGGGCGUGGCGAACUACGUGGUGCAGAAAGCCAAGCAGCGGCGGGCCCUGUGGCGCUGGGAGCGCCAGCUGAACGCCAAGCGCAACCACAAGGGGCGCAUCGUGGUGGAGAAUGAGGUGGAUCUCGAUGGGCCACCCCGGGACUUUGUCUACAUCAAUGAAUACAAGGUGGGUGAGGGCAUCUCCCUCACCCAGGUGGCGGUGGGCUGCGAGUGCCGUGACUGCCUGGCGGAGGCGGCUGGCGGCUGCUGCUGCCCCGGCGCCUCCCGCCACAAGUUCGCCUACAACGAGCUGGGCCAGGUGCGCAUCCGGGCGGGGCUGCCCAUCUACGAGUGCAACGCCCGCUGCCGCUGCGGGGCCGAGUGCUCCAACCGCGUGGUGCAGCGGGGCAUCCGCUACGAUCUGUGCAUCUUCCGGACCGCCAACGGGCGCGGCUGGGGCGUGCGCACCCUGGAGAAGAUCCGCAAGAACAGCUUCGUCAUGGAGUAUGUGGGAGAGAUCAUCACAUCAGAAGAGGCGGAGCGACGAGGUCAGAUCUACGACCGCCAGGGUGCUACCUACCUCUUUGAUCUAGACUACGUGGAGGAUGUUUACACAGUGGACGCUGCCUACUACGGCAACAUCUCACACUUCGUAAAUCACAGCUGCGACCCCAACCUGCAGGUGUACAACGUGUUCAUCGACAACCUGGAUGAGCGGCUGCCGCGCAUCGCCCUCUUCGCCACGCGGCACAUCCGGGCCGGGGAGGAGCUCACCUUCGACUACAACAUGCAGGGUGAGUGCCCGCCGGGGGGGGCCUGGCCCCACUGCUUGGGGGAGCCCUGGGGUGGGAUCCUCCCCCUGAUGCCUUCUCUCCUCCCCCGCAGUGGACCCGGUGGACGCCGAGAGCACACGGAUGGACUCCAACCUGGGCCGGGCCGGCGGCCUGGCCGGCUCCCCCAAGAAGCGGGUGCGGAUCGAGUGUAAGUGCGGGGCCGAGUCCUGCCGGAAGUACCUCUUCUAGCCCCUGCGUGCCCUGCCGGGGGUCAGGGACCCACGGCCACCACCGCGCAGGGCUCGGGGGUGGGGGUCAGGGGGGCCCAUGCCCACCCUUCCCCCGUUGGACU